AUGGCCAAAGGCCACUGGGUUAUGCCCAUCACCCCAGUGGGGAAUCAGCCAGUGACCAGCUAUGAGGAAGCACCCCAGGCAUGCUGUAUGACAGGAUAUGUGUGUGGGAUGAGAUCUUUGCCCCUGACUCAUGCCUCACGCUACUCCUCCUUUUCUGAUUCUGGAUGGCAUCACUUUGGCACUCAUCCCCUAGUCUUUGUCAGUCUGAGUGGCCACAGAGGGGUGCAAACAGUGUAUCCGUUACCUUCUGAGUUCCUGAGAGGCGCCUUUAUUUACAUGCUGAUGUUCACCACAGCUACUCGUUGA